AUGGCCGAGCUGACAAAUGACCGGAGAACGAGAACAACAAAAGUCGCAAAUACAUGUAAAACGGCUGCUGGGUUACUCACCACUACGAACAUAGCUGAAUUUUGCUGCUUUUGCAAAUCAAACAGUCAUUUAACGGAAAAUUGUAAAACGACGUUAUCGCUUGCAGAGAAGAAGACAAUUUUGAAAAGCAUGGGGUAUUGCUUUAAAUGCACCAAAAAGGGACACAAUGCUAAUCGAUGCUUCAAUAAACGUGUAAAGUGUUCUCUUUGUGGAAGUAAUCAUGCUACGUCUAUGCACGACCGAACAUACCGACCUAAAGUUAAAAAUACAACAACAGUAGCACCUUCAACAACAACGGUAGCACCUGCAACAAACUCUUGUGGCUCAACAACAACAUUGUAUGCGUCAGCUUUACUGCAAACAGAAGAGGUACUUCUUCAAACGGCUACUAUUAUAGCUUCGAGUAAUUCAAGUUCAGUGCCAGUACGAAUAAUUCUAGAUGGUGGCUCGCAGCGUACGUUUGUCAAAGAAAACAUUGUAAUGAAACUACAACUCGACACACAUGAUACCGUUAAGCUACGUAUUUUACCAUUUGGAGAUUCGAAUAACUCUGAGCCAAAGCUCUUUAAACGCGUGCGAAUUAAACUAGGUAGUUUACAUUCAGAAGAGGCGAUCGAAAUCCUGGCUAUAGUCGUGCCAGAAAUUUGCUCUACUGCAUUCCAGUAUGUUCGUAGCACAGAAUUGGACAUCCUUGGCCUUAAGUUAGCGGAUACUUCAUAUUUAAAUGAAACGGAAUUCGAAAUCGGAAUAAUAACCGACAACCUUGUCGCCAUUGACAUCAUUUUCGGAUGGACACUACAAGGACCUAUAUCGACCCAAGGCACGUCAGUAACAUCUACGAAUCUCAAUGUUGGUCUUCAAGUGGAUGAUAUUAUCGAAAAACACAUUCGGAAAAAUGGCACGCGAUAUGAAGCAUCAUUGCUAUGGAGAAACGACGAAUGCAUUAUUGAUAACAACCGCGGUGGCGCUCUCAAAGGACUUCGACGUUCAUUGGUGAAGCUUAGUGAGGAUCCGGAAAAGUUAAUACAAUACGAUGAAAUCAUACGGGAGAUGAUUUCAAGUGGUGUUGCAGAAAUUUGCGAUGAAGCAGAAAAAACCAACGAACGGACUUAUUUUAUGCCACAUCGACCGGUGUAUCGGGAGGAAAGAGAGACCACAAAAACGCGUAUUGUGUUUCACGCAUCAGCACGAUCUGGUGGUAACCCCUCAUUAAACGACUUAUUGUGGUCAGGACCAAACCUUUUACCAGACAUAUUAAAAAUGAUUUUGAACGUCAGGCUUGGCAAACAUGGAAUUACGGCCGAUAUCGAACGAGCUUUCUUGCAGAUAGAGCUGGCACAAAAGAUCGAAAAGGUAACCUUCGGAGUCACCUGCAGCCCGUUUCAUCUGAUUGGAGUAUUGUUGAAACAUUUGAAGGAUGAAUCAAUCAAUUUUCCUGAAACCUGUGAACUACUAAAAGAAUCGUUUUACGUGGAUGACCUAAUCGUAAGUGUUGACGAUUUUGAAGACGCUGUAAAAUUGUUCAACGAAACACGUGAAAUAUUGUCCAGAGCAUCGAUGAACAUACGUAAAUGGAAGUCGAACAACGAGAAACUAAGAUGUCAAUCGAAAAUCCACAAGGAGUGGGACGAGAUAAGAGAAAUCAUUACGGACUCGAACUCACUGACGAACAACACGACCAAGUGGUUGAUCAAUGAGAUCAGACCCUUGGGACGACGAAUAAAAAUGUGUGUAUCGUUCACCAUCGAGAAAUACCCAGCCGGAGUUUCAAAGGAAUACACAGCAACAACAAAACCACUGAAGGACUACAAAUCUUGUACAAAACCACCAGAAUUGUUGGAUAAAAGCAACUCAAUGGACUCAAUUCCAUAA